GUCAAAAUAAACAAACCCCGGUCUACUAACCUCAAAAUUGAAAAAAAAAUGUCAAGAAUUUAGGCCUAUAUCUUAUAAUUAUGACUUCUCACGGAAAAGCGGAAACGGAAAAAUUAAAGCAAAAUCUGGAAAACCAAUUGGACAGAUUAGUAGAACAAUUAAAAGAUUUAGAAAAUUGCAAAGAUGAUUUAGACAAAGAAGAAUAUGAAGAAACCAAAAAUGAAACUAUGGAACAACUCAAAGAACUAAAUGAUAGUUUGAAAAAACUAGUAAAAGGGGAUAUUUCCCUUAUAAGUACCUUAAGUGCUGUGCAAUUGGCUACACAAGCUGCUAUAUCCAAAGCGUUCAAAACUCCUGAGGUAAUUAAGCUUUUUGGUAAAAAAGAACCAAAGCGAUUAAGGGAAAGAUUAUCAGUAAUAGAUGAAGAAGUCAAACUCAACAAGCUUAGUAUGGAAGCAAGAGAUAGACAAAAGGCUGAAAUUUUGACCGCUCUUCGACAAUUAAAUGAACAACUAACAACAGAAGAACUCAGGUUUUUGGAGAAGCACAAUCACAUAACCAAAGCAUUUUUAGAAUUUAAUUUUGUAGAAAUGCCAGAUGACGAAUAAAUAUUUUUUUAAUGCUUC